GAGAGACGCAGAGCAGAGCAGAGUGCGAAGCUCGUUCGUUUCUUCUUCUUCUUCUUCGUUUCUUCGACGCUCGAUUAUAAGUAAGGGGACUGUUGGCUAGGAUUUGAAUCAAAUCCUGCGCAAUGUCGACUUUUAAUCUGAAUAGUGAUACAUCGGACGAUAUCGAUUUCUCCAAGUUGCUAGAGAAGCCAAGACCGUUGAAUAUGGAAAGACUGAGAUCACUUGAAGAAAGGUCUCUUACUGAACUAUCCACCUCACCACCACAGCUUAGAAACGGGGAUAACGCUGCUUCUCGUGUCCAAGAUCGCGCCGAUUGUGUGGUUCCACCUAGCGUCGGAUUCAAUACCCCUCGUUCGCUGGCUGGAUUUGAGUCUCAUCCGAUGGUGGGAGAGGCCUGGGAUGCUUUGAGAAGGUCUGUGGUGUACUUCCGUGGACAGCCUGUUGGGACUAUUGCUGCAGUGGAUAACUCCGAGGAGAAGCUCAAUUACGAUCAGGUGUUUGUGAGAGACUUUGUACCAAGUGCUUUAGCAUUCCUGAUGAACGGAGAGCCGGAUAUUGUGAAAAACUUCCUUUUGAAGACUCUUCGUCUUCAGUCAUGGGAGAAAAAGAUUGAUAGAUUCCAGCUUGGUGAAGGAGUCAUGCCUGCUAGCUUCAAGGUUUUUCACGAUCCUGUCAGAAACUAUGAGACGUUGAUAGCUGAUUUUGGCGAGAGCGCAAUUGGAAGAGUGGCGCCGGUUGAUUCUGGAUUCUGGUGGAUUAUUCUGCUCAGGGCCUACACCAAGUCUACUGGAGACUCUUCUCUUGCUGACAUGCCUGAAUGCCAGAAGGGUAUACGUUUGAUACUAAGCCUGUGUCUCUCUGAGGGUUUUGAUACUUUUCCCACUCUCUUAUGCGCUGAUGGUUGCUGUAUGAUUGAUCGUAGGAUGGGAGUUUAUGGUUACCCGAUAGAGAUUCAAGCUCUUUUCUUCAUGUCCUUGAGGUGUGCCUUGCUCCUACUCAAACAUGAAGGAGAAAGUAAAGAAAUGGUGGAACAGAUAGUGAAGCGGCUUCAUGCAUUGAGCUACCACAUGAGGAGCUACUUUUGGCUAGACUUGAAGCAGCUUAAUGACAUUUACCGAUACAAGACAGAGGAAUACUCUCACACUGCUGUCAACAAGUUCAACGUGAUCCCUGACUCUCUUCCAGAAUGGGUCUUCGACUUCAUGCCGCCUCAAGGAGGGUUCUUCAUCGGCAAUGUUAGCCCCGCAAGAAUGGAUUUUCGUUGGUUUGCCCUGGGAAACUGUAUAGCCAUAUUGUCUUCCUUGGCUACUCCUGAACAGUCAACUGCAAUUAUGGAUCUCAUAGAAGCUCGCUGGGAAGAGCUGGUCGGAGAAAUGCCACUCAAAGUUUGCUACCCUGCAAUAGAAAGCCAUGAAUGGAAGAUAGUAACUGGCUGUGACCCCAAAAACACUCGAUGGAGCUACCACAAUGGAGGGUCCUGGCCAGUGCUGCUAUGGGUACUGACGGCUGCUUGUAUCAAAACUGGUCGACCUCAAAUAGCAAGACGAGCGAUUGAAGUAGCGGAAGCUAGGCUUCAUAAAGACAACUGGCCUGAAUACUAUGAUGGAACGGUAGGGAGAUACGUGGGGAAACAAGCGCGUAAAUACCAGACCUGGUCAAUUGCUGGAUACUUAGUGGCCAAGAUGAUGCUGGAAGAUCCGUCACAUGUCGGUAUGGUUGCUCUUGAGGAAGAUAAACAAAUGAAACCCGUUAUGAGAAGGUCCAACUCCUGGACUUGUUGAAAAGUUUGAUCAUCUUGGUCAUGGUAACGUAGGAAAAAGAUGAGCUAAUGCUGAUUAAACUACUCUUUCUUCGUUUUUCAAAUUCCACAUUUACCUGUUUUGCUUUGUAUUUUUAGACUAUGAGAGAUUUAAGCAUCAUAAAAAAGAUUUCAUCUGGUUUAGCUUU